CGGUCGCUGUGGCUGAGGCUGAGGCCUAUGUACAAAUGGCUCUCCGAGGCGCUUCGCUCCUGGCUGCUCCCUUCUCCCCCUUAUCGCCGCAACGCGGAGCCAUCGCUCCCUCGGCCGCGGAAAAGGCGCUACCCCAGUACUUGGUGGCAUGUUGAAGACCCCGAUGAGAAGCAAGCAAAAAGGCAGAAGCUUGGUAUUUUUGAAACACUGCAACAGGGGAUUGCCUCUUUAAUUAAACUACCAUCCCAUCUGACAACUAAGUAUUUUCAGACUGGAGACUGGCAUGCAGAAACUACAGGCGAGAUUAUUUCAAAUGGAUCUGGUAAUUCAGAUGAUAAGAAGAUGGAACCUUUCUCUGGGAUGCAGAAAUUUGAAUUGGACACAAAAACUGGUUGCAGUACCAGUAUGCAUCCAAAUGAAGAGAUGGUAACUGAUUGUCACAGAGUUAAAACCUGUCUGAGGCAUGAGUGUAGUGUCAGAAAGAGUAGCAAGAAAAGCUAUAAUUCAGUUCAAGAGGACUUGCCAGCAUGGAGAAUUGCUACCCACAAGCAUUUCUUAGAAACUUCCCCUCUAGAGCCUGGAAGACACCUAAGGAAGCUUCACUGUACGGUGGAAGAGGGAGUACAGAGAGAGGAGCGAGAAAAAUACAAACAGCUGCUGGAACAAGAAAAAGAAAAAUGCUAUAAAAACCACUCCUCUCCCACAAUAGCAAAGUGCUUGGAUGUCCAGCGUGAAGUCCAUCAGCCGCUAAAAACUCAUCGCUGUGUAGAAAUCGAUGACCCUUCAUUUGACACACCAAGGAAUGGUGUCAAAAACUUUGGCUGUCUGUGCCAUCAAAGAGCAGCAAACAGUUCAGUGACAGUAGCAGAAAGAACUCCAGAACCUAAAAAGUCAGUAGUACAUAAAAAAGAGAGUUUAAAGCAUUACUUGACAAAUGAUCUAUCAGAGGAUGUGUCACUUAGGUUAAGCCUGGGUCAGGAAGGAUCAUCAUACGGAAGGCAUUCUCUAGUUGAGACAGAAGAAAGGAAAUAUCUGAGCUUGGACAAGGCUACAGAGAGCCUUCCUUACCUUACAGAGGAUAUGGAGAGAGAGAUAGCGAAUGCGCUGAACUGUGGCGAAGACGACGAAAUCCUGACUAGUGCCUUCAAGCUGAACAUUACACGUGGAGACAUCCAGACUCUAAGAGACCAGCAGUGGCUCAAUGAUGUGGUUAUUAACUUCUAUAUGAACCUUCUGAUGGAGAGAAAUAAGCAACUGGGCUUUCCAGUACUGUAUGCGUUUAAUACUUUCUUCUACCCCAAGCUAAGUUCUGAGGGCUAUAAUGCGGUCAGAAGAUGGACCAAGCAAGUGGACUUGUUUCAGCAUGAUAUAAUCUUAGUGCCCAUUCAUAUCAGAGUACAUUGGGCAUUAGCGGUUAUAGACCUGAGGAGAGAGACCAUCAAAUAUUUCGAUUCAAUGGGACAAGAUGGCCAUGUGAUAUGUAAGAGAUUGCUGCAUUUUCUUCAGGAAGAAAGCAAAGCCAAGAGAAACAUGGUCAUAAAAGCUUCAUCAUGGACACUUUACAGUCUGGAACCACAUGAAAUUCCACAGCAGUCGAACGGCAGUGACUGUGGAAUGUUUGCUUGUAAAUAUGCAGACUUCAUCUCCAGGGAUAAACCCAUUACAUUUACACAGCGUCACAUGCCUUACUACCGCAAAAGGAUGGCAUGGGAGAUACUUCACCAGCGAUUGCUGUGACACCAUCCCAGAGUAUCCUCUUGUCUGAUCUCCGUUCAGAGAUAGGAGGUAUGCAGGCGUGUUGUUCCAAACCCAAGUACUUAGUUCUGAAUUUCCCUCCAAAAGGGCUGAAACAUGGAUUAAGAAAGGGAUUCUGCAGAAUCAGCUUAAUGGUACC